UUAAAGCCUUCCCUUAGAAAACCUCUAUUUCAUUCCAUUCCAGUCCUUAAUUAACCUCUUCACCUCUCACAAUAUUUUUUGUAAUAUUUCUUCGACAAAACAUAAAACUAGAUUCCCGAAGCAAAGUUUCAGUCUUCACCAAUGAUACAACCGUAGAUAUAUAUAACACAUAUUAAAGAUUCUCAUUAAAAAGCUUAUUUCUUUGUUUUUCUUUUAUCUUCUUCUGUUCAUUCUACUAUGUUCUUCCUCAACAGAAACGGCCAAGAAGGGAUUGAUUUUUCACCGGAGCUGCAAAAGUCUCACUUGCCUUCAAUCACCGCCGGUUUGCCUUCUAAUUCCAAAUCGAACGGGGUUGAUAAAAGAAAGCGAGCCAGAGAAGAUUAUUCGGUGAUUGAUUUAGAAACCACGGCGGCUCCUAUGAACCCGCCGCCAUGUACACCGCCGCAGUUUAUCAGCAGUCGACAAACUCUUAAUGUAGUAUCCACCGGUCUCCGUUUGUCUCAGGGACAAUCACAGAGUAUAGAACAGCGGUCAUCAUCUUCGCCGAUGAUAGACGGUAACUUCGCCGGUGAAAUCAAUGGCCAAGCGGAUGAGUUAGAUAGAUUUCUUCAAACCCAGGGAGAGCAGUUGAGGUGCAUGUUAGCGGACACCAGCGAGAGACACUAUCGUGAGCUUCUGAGAACGAGGGAAGAAUCUGUCAGGCGGAGAUUAAGAGAGAAAGAAGCGGAAAUCGAGAGAGCCACGCGUCGUCACGCGGAGCUCGAAGCACGUGCUGCACAGAUCGAAAAGGAAGCACGUGCUUGGCAGGUGAGAGCAGCGGCGAAAGAAGCCGAAGCGAUGUCGUUACAAGCUCGACUGCAGCAAGUUGUUGCUCACGGCGGUGGAGUUACGGCGGCGGAACCAAAAUUAAAAAGCGUAGACAGUGUGGAUGAAGCUGGAGACGCUGAGUCUGUUUACGUUGAUCCUGAUCGAUUCGAAUCGAAUGGACCGAGUUGCAGGAUUUGUCGGCGGAGAGCGGCGACGGUGUUGGCUCUGCCGUGUCGCCAUUUGAUCCUGUGUAAAGGGUGCGACGGCUCUGUGCGAGUUUGUCCGCUUUGUCUUAGCUUGAAGAAUUCAAGCGUGGAGGUUUUCUUCUUCUGAUGGGUUUUUAACUUUUUAUUUAAUGGGCCUACCAAACUUGACGAUGGCCUUUUAUUAAUUAAAAACAAAAUCUAUAUAUAUGAUUAAAUUCAUCAUUUUGUGAUAAUAUAGCCUAGUUA